AUGGCUUCGCUAGCUGCUCUGGACCUCGCGGUUAAUAGGCUGUCCGGCCCCAUUCCUCCCACGCUGGCGACGCUGCCGAUGCUGAAGUUUCCACUCCUCUGUCUCUCGGUCUCCCUGUUCCUGGCCCCAUCCCCUCCUUCUACCAGGCCCACCAGGCCCCCAUUUCUCCUCAACACAGAAUCUGCCCACUCACGAUUCUUCUGCCUACUGUCCCGCCUCUCCUAUCCCUCUUCCUGCCCCACCCAGUUCCUCACCUUCCUCAACCCUAAAUCUGCUUUCUCACUACUCUUUCUUCCUACUUUCCCGCUCUCCCUCCCUACUCCUCAACGCACUUUCUCCUCCCACCUUCUGCCAGGCCCAUCAAGACCUCACCACCAUUCUCAACCCUAUAUCUUCUUUUGCUCGACUCAUCUUCCCACCUUCCUGCCUCUGCUCUCCCUGCUCCACGUCCCUCGCGCCUUCGUUUCCUCUGCAGUCCCUCCUUCUGCCCGGCCCACCAUGCCCUUACCUUCCUCAACCCUAAGCCCCAUCCCCGCCUUCUGCCAGGAAGGGCAGCUUCUCUCCUUCCUAAACCUCGCCUCCAACAGCCUCUCAGGCCCGCCCACCCCGCUCUCCUCCCCCUCCUGCUCCGACUCCCUCCAGUUUCUCUCUCUGCCCGCCAACAGCCUCUCCGGCCCCAUCCCCGCUACAAUCAGCUCCUUUACAAACCUCAAGCGCCUCCGCCUCGAUAAAAACAGCCUCACAGGAGCGAUCCCCGCUGGUGAAGGAGAGUGCGCCACUGGUGGGUCGAGUCGAGUGGAUAAGCUCUCACAGCAGCUGCUCUCACAGCAGCUUGAAGCGUAUGCUCUCCCUCCGCCUCUCUCUCACCUGCUCACCUUCACUCGAAUGGUCCUUUGUAUGGCGCUCAAGGGGAAAUACCCCCAUAAGGUGGUAACAUCCAGCAUCAUGCCACGUCACUCCAACCUGCUCCAUAAAACACAACCUGAUACUGUUACAUGUAGUGGGAUAGUGCCUUUGAGAGACGUGCUCUCCCAGUCAGGCUUCUCUGCUUCGGCUGCCUUCUACUCGUUCCACCCCACCGCUGUCUUUCUGCCCGACAAGUGUGCGCCUGAGACCCUCCUGCAUGCUGAAGCCCUUGGGAGGCUACGCAGCGGUGUGUGA